AUGAGAGCUUACUUUGAAGAAUAGAAACAAUCAGCACAAGGAUUAAUUAGUCUCAGAAAAAAGUAAGUAUACUCGUUAAAUCUUAUUGAUAGAUCCCUAUAGUAAUAACUUACUAAUCAAAGAUCACAGAGCAUUGAGCAACUGAAACCUCUUGAAUAAGGUUCUCAGAGAGAUGAGCAAGAUAAAUCUCUUAAUAAAGACUAUUCUCAGAUGUCAAUAUCCAUUCUCUAGCCAAGCAGUAGCAAAAGAUUUUCCUUGAUAGAGACCAGGAAAAAGAAAGAGGAAAAGAUGAUUCAUGAUGAGAACAAGAAAAUGAUGGUCAGAAUAAUCAAUUAAAGUCCUUCUAUUUCAUUAAGGAAAUAAGCUCAUGAUUUUAAAAAGCAUCUAGCAGCAAAAAAGGUCUUAUCCUAGUUUCAUGAUGACUACAUUCCAGUCGAACAAUUGUAUUAGAAAAGAAAAUAGAGCUUGGCAAGAUUGCCACCAUUAUAAAGCGAAUCAAAGAGGUCAAUAUACAUUGAAGAAAAAGAAGUUAACAGGACUAUUGAUUAAAGCACGAUGGCCUAGUAAAGUGUACCCUUAAUAAUAAUCAGCGAAGCAAAAUCCACCAAAUAUCAAAGCAGAGUUUAUUCCAGGUAAAAAACUCCAGAGGAUAGAGAGCUCAACAAUUACUCUAACUUAAUUAAUUUUGAAGAUACUCAAUCCUAAAAAGAGGAGGAUAACCCCUAUAUGCAAAACAAGGCUGUCAUUGAUCCGAAACCCAAAAUUCUAGAAAAUGAGAUGUUCUACUCAAGAAAUCCGAAAAUUGAACAUUCUGUGACAUACGAUUAUCAAGCAGACAGUAACCCUUAUAAUUUGAUUUAGCCCUAAUAAUAAACUAAGUCAUUAUAGAAUAUUUCUCUCGAGCAUUAAAAGUAAAUCAUAACUGCAAGAGAUAUCAUAAUAGAUGAAACUCAUGUUAUUAAUAAGGAGAUAUUAUCACCAUCUAGACAAGAUAUUUUGGAAGAAUCAUAAAUAGAGGAAGAAAUUAACCUAUACAGUAGGAAACAGACAUUAAACGAUAGGAUAUAAGAGGAUAUUGUGAUAGAGGGAAAAGAACAGUAAAAUAAUGAGGAGUAUGCUGAUGAUUUUUAUGAGGACGAUGCAUUUGAAUGGCUAGGAUUUUUCUAGAAGAGCGCAACCAUCGUCUUCCUAGGUUUGGACAACGCAGGCAAGACUACUCUUCUCUAUAUGCUAUAAAGCGACAGAUUCACCCAGACUGAUUCCACCAUGCAUCCUCAUUAGGCUGAGGUUACAAUCGGAAAUAUCAGAUUCAACUCCUAUGAUCUUGGUGGACAUUUGCAAGCCCGUAAGACCUGGAAGGAUUACUGCGGACAACUAGAUGGAAUAAUAUUUAUGGUUGAUGCCGCGGAUAGAGACAGAAUCAGUGAGAGCAAGAAGGAGCUAGACUCUUUAUUAGAGAUGAAAGAACUUGAAAAUGUUCCCUUUGUUGUUUUUGGCAAUAAAAUUGAUAAGAGAGACUCUCUGAAAGAAGAGGAGCUGAGAGAAUAUUUAGGGUUACAUUUCCAUUAAACUCACGGAAAGGACCCCAAGCAAAAGAACCCAGGUGCUAGACCAAUAGAAGUUUUUAUGUGCAGUGUAAUGAAGAGAGUAGGUUAUUCAGACGGAUUCCAAUGGCUUUCAAAUUUUCUCAAGUGA